AUAACAAAUAUUAUGGCCGCCGUAAAAAUGUCAACAAAUGCAACUUUUCCAGAAAAUCCUGAUUGGAUGUCAAAAUUACCCGCAGAUAAACACGAGACACCUUUAAAUCAGUUGGCUAUACCUGGUUGUCAUGACUCUGGGUCAUACGAGUUCGAUAAAAAUGGAGGAGUUGGUCCAGAUGCUGAUCAGAUUGUAAAAGAUUUGGAGAAGUUUUUUGGACCUUUUAUUAAAGAUAUACUGUAUCGAUGGGCAAAAACACAAAAUAUGAACUUUGUUCAGCAACUGACAGCUGGUAUGCGAUAUUUUGAUUUACGAGUAUCAACUAGACAGGGCACUGAAGAUCUUUAUUUUUUACACAGUCUGUAUGCCGAUAAAGUCGAGCCCUGUUUACACGAGAUGGAUAUUUUCCUCGAUGCUCAUCCCAAAGAAGUCAUAAUUCUUGAUUUUAACCACCUCUAUGCGAUGACUGAUGCAAUACACAAGCAGUUAGUUUCAAUGAUUCUGGCAAUAUUCGGACAUAAAGUUUGCCCACUGCUGGAUAUGAGCUCCCUGACAUUAGACACGUUAUGGUCGAACAAACUUCAAGUCAUCGUUAUUUAUCAUCAUCAAACUGCAUUGGAAAAUUACCAAAUAUGGCCCGGUAGCGUCAUCCGAUCUCCGUGGGCCAAUACGACAGAUGCGAACAACCUUGUGCAGUAUUUAGAAAAUGUUUACGACUCUGGUCAUAAUGAGGAUAUAUUUUUAAGCUACCAAGGUGUUUUAACGGCUGAUACUACCUACGUUAUAUCUCAUGUUGCGGAGAGUUUAAAGACGGCCCUUGCUGAUAAAGCUUCGCCUGCUGUUGUAAAAUGGCUGUCAAACAAAGUGCCUGGGCCGAACAAGUUGAACAUAUGUAUAAUUGAUUUUGCAGAUCAGUACAACUUCAUGUCAACAGUUCUUGCUCUCAAUAAGUAAAUUAUUCAUGAUAAGUAAAUUCUGAGAUGAAAUGUAACCAGGUUCCAAGAUAACUAUACUAUACAGUCUUAAGACCAACUAGAAAUCAGCCAGAUUUCUUCAAGUUUGGGAAUGUGACCUCAAAGAUUUGUUGAAGAGAAUCCUGUCAUCAACCUCUCGAAGACAAUAAAUUGUAGUCCAAUUAUUAUCUAUUCAGAUGGUGUAUUGUAUAAGUGUCAUAUUACACUGCUCUAUAUUUAGAAUGUAACACUAAAGCUAGAUGGGUUUGGAAUCAGAUUCUAUGAAAUUUGAAUAAGAGAAUACGAAAAACUAAUCAAAUUAAACACAGAAAUAAACAAAUUUAAUAACAAUUUAAUAAAAUUAAAAAAAAUUGAUUCAAAUAUUACAUAAUGUAAUAAUAAGCUUUUUAAUUUGAUGUAAUAUCUACAGCAGCUUGUCUAAGCCAGGGUAUAAAAUAUCUUACAUUAUUUUACUCAUAUACUUUGAUAUUGACCAAUUUGAUGUUAACCAAUUAAAUGAUUUUGGAACUUUUUCUUGGGGAGAUAAAUAUUCAUAAGUAAAACAAGGGUUGUUGAGCACAUUACGAUUGUCUAACUCUUGCCAAUUAUAUAUUGAUUUCUAUAGAAAGGGGCCAAUAUCGAAAUAUUAAUGGCCUAUUGAUCCAUCGUACAAUACUAUUUACGAACUUAUCAAUUAUCAGUAAAAGAAAAUUUGAUCCAAAAUUAUCUAUUUUGGUGCAAAAAUAUGAACAUUUACUGAUUAUUUACAUACAGGGAAAAGGUCACCCCAAAACAAUCUACAUGUAUUUGUUAUUUAAAAGAUCUAAAUCGCUAAUAUUUAGGACCUAGAAAUUGACACAAAUGGUUCGCAACACAAAUAAUAAUGUAAUAUGAAUGUACAUAAACUGAUUUAGUAUUUAUUGCGCAUGCUCUCCAGACAGGAAUAUGACGUAACCGUUUGAGUUACUUGUGGAAUAUAUCUAGCCCCGUCCUUCUAGUCCCUUGUUAUAAAUGGCACUUAAAGGCAUUCGUGAACCAAUGGUAAAAUGUUUAUUUUGUCUUACAAUCUUAUGGAAGCCUAUAACUACCAUUUAUAAUUACUACUUUUCGCCCCUUCAAAACACGAAAGUCGAAAAGUGACCUUGAAAGUAGAGACUACAUCAACUUCUGAGGCGAAAAGACAACAGUACGACAGCAAGCCAAAAUCAAAGGUCGCUAAUAUCGCCAUCAAUACUAGACUUUAUAAACUAUUUUGUUAACGCGAAUUUAUUGUCAAUGUCAACAAAACAGUACACCUUUAAUAAUGUAUUAUAACAAUAUUACUUAUAUUCUCUGUCACCACGGGGGGAUCACGUGGCUAAGUGGGUAAGACGCUAGCUCGCUAGCCUGGAGGUCGGGUGUUCGAUCCCUGCAUUGGCCGAGAAAGUUCAUCCAGAUUUUCCGGCGUGGUUCUCCCUUGUCAGUGAUGCAGGACGGAGGGGCUGACAAGGAAAGCUGUCUAGUCGUUCGGAUGGGACGAAAAAAACCGAGGUCCCGUGUACACAUUGGCGUGCACGUAAAAGAUCCCUUGGCAGUUGGAAUUCGAUAUAAGAGUAGGCCGUAGUGCCGCUGUCCGGGCAAAAUUUCCCUCAUAGCACACUGUAUGGCGUAUGCCCGUCUUCAUUAGCCCAGGUUAGGAGCAGAACAGUAGGACGUUAAAACUCCAUUUCAUUUCAUUUCUGUCACCACAGAGUUCUUGAUGUGGAAAUUUAAACGGAAAUAUUUAUUUAUGGCUAGGGAUAUAUCAUAUCUUUCUUAUCUAAAUUAGAUAUAAUAUAUAUAACCAGGACAUAAUAUAUAUAACCAGGAUAUAAUUUAGAUAAGAAAGAUAUGAUAUGAUAUCCCUAGCCAUAAAUAAAUAUUUCCGUGUAAAUUUCCACAUCAAGAACUCGUAGUAUUAUUCUUACAAUUUCUCGUACAAUAGGGGCCACAAGGCAAGAAGUUAGGCCCAAUAUACGCGAACAUCAAACCGAGAUCUUUGAUACAUAAACAUAUAAUAUUAAGUUUUUUUCAAAACCGGAUACAAAUCGUUAGAGGGACCACAGCCUUCGAUCCGAUUAUCACAAAAUUCAAACCCAGGGUGUAACGGUGUAUAUUUAAACGGUUUUUAAAAUCGGGUAUAAACUGUAAUUUUUGGUACACCCGGGGUCCAUAAUCUAGGAGGUUACGGACCGAUAUGUGCGAAUAUGGAAAGAAACAAAAAUCCGUGGAAUAUAGACAUAUAUUUUAAGUUUGAUCAAAAUCGGAUAAAAAAAUUGUGACUUCUACAGUGUCCACAACCUUGGUAUUAUAUACUUUUAUACUAUUUGCGAACGAGGAGCGGGCAGUUUCAAUCCGAUUUUCAUGAAAUUCGAACUCAACCAUCAUAAGGGUGGAAUGGUGAUAUGUUAGAACAGCUUUUAAUAUUGGAUAAAAUGCCAAUAUCAAAAGGAACCGCAUGUCCACAAAUAAAUUGUGGGCUGACAGGGGCGACUCAAUACACGUCCACUUGAAAAUAUGGGCGUACAAAAAUAGCUCAGCAUGAUAAAACUUGGUUUUUGGAAGACUAAACAACUGAUAUCAAAGACUUUAUAUGAAAUGAGAUUUUUAUUUUAGAAAUUAAAAUGUUAAGUUAUUUGAUACUCCCACUGGCCGGUUAAUAGUUGUCAACGCUUAUGUAAUUUAUAUUAGGGCAAUGCUACUCAAGACGGACAUGUUGUUUAGAUCAGCAUACCAAGCAAUUAAAAUCAGUGAACCGGACCAAACCCAAACAUCCAAAAUUUAGCACUUUUUCCUAGAUAGUCCUAGCACUGUAUAGGCUUUCCCAUAAUUUAUCAUAAUAUUCAGUCCUUUAUACCAAUACAGAUAAUUUAAUUUGUCAAAACGUAUGUGUAUGUCAUCUGAAGGCCGAUGUCAGAUGUUAAUAAUAUAGUAUGAAAUAGCAAAUGGCAAGAAUUAGAGUUAACAUCCAAUUUUAAUUGGAUUAUCCAAGGAUCACAAUGUCUUCUUUGUUUAAUCUGGUUUGAGCACAUUCCCACAAAAGUAUUUAUAGGGUAGUUACUUCCAAUAAAAGUAUGACAAAUUUGGUAUAUAACAAAUUUGGUAUACAUGUAUAUGGAAAGUAGAGACACCCUUCUGUUUUUGGUUUACAUGUUUUCUUUUUACAGUUACUCUUUCUUAUUUAUUGUUAGUCAUUCUUUAUUUUUGUUACUCAUAAUGAAAUCUUUUUGAAUGAUAUAUCUAAUGUACAUUUUUGAUGAUAAAAUCAUGGGACCUAUAUCAAUUUAAAAAAAAAAAAAGUUGUUGUAUAUUUAACUAUUGAUUGUGAAAUGAUACUGAUUUUAUCAGUAAUUUGAGACGGGCAUAAAAUAUAUGGUUACUUAUUUUUAAUCCAAGAUAUUUGUUUUGUAUUACCCUUAUUUUAUUUUAAGAAAGGUGAUACUUGUUCAUUAUUGAUUUUAGAAAUGUUUUCUUAUUUAUUUUAUCAGUAAUUUGAAAAAUAUGAGUCAAAUAAUUAUCUUUUACUGUUUUAUAAAGUUUUGAGAAUAUUUUAGUGUAUAUUCACAUUGAUCAAUUAAACAACAUAUAAAAUAGAUGUUCUUUAAUUUGUUUGGAAGUAAGUGUUUUUGAAAUCUAAAAUGAAAUAGCUAAUAUGUAUGGUCUAAAUGACAUAUUACGAAGGUAAUUUUGAAAUAAACAGUGACAAAUCUGGC